AUGUACCCUCCGCGGCAGAACACCUCGACGCAACAGAAUCAAAUGAAAAUUACAAUUCCAGAUGCUUGUGACCGUAUAAAAGAGGAAGUGACUUUUCUUACUCAACAAAUUCAGACUUUGAAAUUGGAAUGUGAGCGACUAAGUCAGGAGAGAACAGAUGCUCAGCGUCUAUCCGCGAGUUACUACGAAACUGCAUGUUCUAUUCAUUUGGAAUAUCAGAAGCAAUGUGAAAUAACCAAACGCUUUGCAACAAUCAUCAGUCAAGUUCUUUCCUAUCUUCCUCAAGAGCACCAAAACACUGUACUCUCUGCCGUCGAACGUGCAAAGCAAGUUUCGAUGCCUGACCCGGCCACCAUGAUGGGGCAAGGUCAGUUGAUGUUUCCUGGAGCUAACCCUAUGGGUGGUUUUCCUCCUGGUAUGCCUGGCUUACCUCAACCUCCUGUAACAAGCGUUAACGGAAAUCUCAAUACAUCUAAUGCUGGAGUAUCUUCUCUUCUUUCAAUGCCCCCAAAUCCUUUUGGUCCCAAUCCGAUUACCUCGAUGGCGAACAUGAAUUCUAACAAUAAUAAUAACAAUAACGCCGUAUCAUCUAGUAACCAGCAGCAACAACCCAGUGGUGGGCAAUCAGGUUUUCCAGGUGCUCCACCUGGUGCUUCAAAUUCUCCCGGUUUUCCCCAAUCUCAAAGUGCCAUGGCCGCUGCUAUGGCUGCAAUGGCAGCUAGCUUGCAAGGAAAUAACGCAGCCGCCGCGGCCGCUUUCGGGUUUCCUCUUCCUCCAAAUAUGUCUACUGGUCCCAAUCUCAUAUCUAACAUGGGAGCUUUUAUGACUGGUGAUAAGAAUAUGGACGAAAAGCAGCGAGCUGCAGCAGCCGCUGCCAUGGCAGCAAUGACCGCUGCAGUAGCUCAACAGCAGCAGUAUGCAGGAGGCGCAGGCAUGGAUCCUAACAGCGUGUUCGCUUCCCUCGCAAACAUGCCACAUUCAGGUCCAGGUGGAUUUGAUUUCUCACAAGCUGCUUUCGCCGCAGCAGCGGCUGCCCUUCAACCAUCACUCCCCUCUCAACAGCCGCCAAACCAACAACCUGCUUUGACACAACAAACAGACACUCCUAUCGUGACAUCUGCACUCUCAGCGCCUCCACCAUCCUCUUCUACUAACUCUAUUGAUGCACAACCGCCACGUCUUCACUCACCUCAAACAUCGACAUCAAACAACUCCGCUACACCAUCCAGCCCUGUCCAACCUGCUAGAGCGUCAUCUGCUCUCGCAUUCUCUGAUGGGUCAAAACGACGACGGAUUGAUACGGACGGCGUUGCGUUGAAUGGUGGUGCGACCUCAGAACCCGGGGGUGAUGCCAAUUCUCGUCAAAAUGGAGGUGGUGGUGGUGGUGGUUUAAUGAACCUUAAAACGGAGCUUAAACCCUCGUCUACACCAAUGGGAAGCAGCAAUAAUGGAGGCAAUGGAUCACCUCAAACGCCCGAACAACAAACACCAGCGAGUAAUAAUAAUGGAAACGGUAACUCCUCACCAAAAGCCCUCAAUAUUCCUGGUUUGGCAUCAACUCCCCUUAAUAAUGAAGCACUUCCAAUGAUGAGCCUAACUCCAGGGCCUAUGGGACCAUUUCCUGGACCCAAUAUCCCAGGUCUAGUUACAUCAACACCCACUCAUCCCUCAUUCAUGCCCCGUUUCCCAGGACCCCUACCUCCUGGUGUUGGUCCAUUCAUGAGGCCCCCUCUAACCUCUCCUGGAUCUUUGCCCUUCGAUGGUGGAUUCAGAACACCAACAAGUUAUUCCUACCUUUACGCCGAAGGUCAAGCACCUAUCCCCGUCCCAAUAAUGCCGGAGAUGCUUACCGGUCCUGGAGUCCCCGUGUCAGCUAAAGCCAUCCAAACUAUUGAACAUGGUGAAGUUGUCUGUGCAGUUAUGGUCGACAGUCCGAAAUCACAUGUCUACACUGGUGGCAAAGGCACCGUCAAAGUGUGGGAUAUUUCCCAAUCGUCUGCAUCUGUAAAUGAAGGACAUCCUGUUGUAACGAAAGUUCCCCUCUUCACUCUUGAUUGUCUUCAGGGGGGGCAUUACAUCAGGUCCAUCAAAAUGGCCAACGAGCACAGGAUGUUGGUAGUAGGAGGCGAAUCGAAGGUAGUGAACAUUUGGGAUUUGGGUGGCUCAAACCCAAGAAAGAAAGGAGAAGUGGAGAUUGUUUCACAGGCUUGUUACGCAAUCACCAUUUCCAAUGACAACAAAAUGGGCUACUUUUGUCAAUCAGAUGGUGCAAUUUCCGUCUGGGAUCUGCAUAAUCUCACCCUGAUUCAUCGUCUAUCUGGACAUAGUGAUGGCGCUUCAUGUAUUGACAUGAACACGGAUGGUAAUACACUCUGGACUGGCGGUUUGGAUAAAACAGUGCGGUGCUGGGACAUUCGUGAAACUCGAAGUCAGAUAACUCAAUUGACCUUUGGAUCGCAGGUAUUUUCUCUGGCUAAGUCCCCAACGGAAGAUUGGGUUGUAACUGGCAUGGAAUCAGAUGAGAUUGAAAUAUUUGCUCCAGGUCACAUUGAUCGUUAUCAAGUGAAGAUGCACGAGAGCUGUGUUCUCUCCCUCAAAUUCGCUCACUCCGGAGCCUGGUUUGCCUCAACAGGUAAAGAUUCCUGGCUGCAUGGGUGGAAACCACCACAUGGUGCUAAUCUCUUCAAAGUGAAAGAAAACCUCUCAGUUCUGAGCUGCGAUCUUUCAGCAGACGAUCGGCAUUUAGUCACUGGCAGUGGUGACAAGAGAGCCACGGUGUAUGAAAUCGGUUAUUAA